AUGACGAAGAAGUUAGCUCAGGCUCCGAAGAUUGGUUCUCAGGGCACCUUGCCCACCGCAGGACUAGAGAAAGCCCAGAGGAAGAGCAAACCGCGGGUCGUAAAGCCUGCCUACGGGGAACGUCCUCCCUCCGACAAGGUGGCUGGACGCAUGUCCGGCACUCAAGAAAAUGCCCCACGGUCUCGACGUUCCAAACAGGCUCAGGAUCCCCCUCGUCAAGCUUUCGAGCCUGUCUCGGGCCGGACAGCGACCUCGGCACACCUUCCAGCGGAUCGGAGCGGAAGGGAGCAUUUAUCCAGUAUUGCCAGAGCUGCUAAGCCCUCCCCGGUCCCAGAUACGCAACGCGCCGUUCAGGCCUUGAUGGAUGACUAUGGUCAAUUUUCGGAUGAAGAAUCCUUACGUCCGGUUCCCCGCCGUAAUCCUCUCUCCACCCAGGAACCCACGGCUGGUGAAUCGUCUUUAACGGUCACGUUGAAGAGCAAAUUAGUACGUAGGAUGCGAAGGCUGUUGGGUGGGCGCGGAUGGACUGGCUUGGGUUGGGAUUGGCCUUUUGAGCUGUCCGAUCCUAAACUCUACGGCAAACCUGCCGGGACAAUGCCACACAAUGCACCGCCCAGGACCAAGCUGGGCAGGGGUUGUUGGAAGUUCCUCAUCUACCUCCAAUCACUCUUUGAAGAUGCGCCGAGAGCGGGUGACUUGACUGAGCAAAACAAAUGGCUGAGCGAGAAGAGUUCACAAAUCGACAAGACCUUCAAGUCGAUCGAUACAAUGGUCAGAAAGAUCAGCGAGGAGUAUCUGGCGGUUGUUGGCGAUUCCGACAACCUGAUCAACGACAACAUGGAGCUGCGUCUCGCCAUGGUGAAAGACCUGAUGGAGUACAUCAUUCCGAUGCUCGUCAGUGUUCUGCAGACCAUCUUCUUCCUAGGUGGUGCCGAUACUGACGAGGAUUUCAAGCCCGCAUUCCGGGAAGAGGGCACAUUCACGGAUUCCACUCUCGGCUGCCUGGCAAAGGCCGUGGGCUGGAUUUUUAGUCUUGAACGAGCGCUCUCGGAAGAACUCAAACGCCGGCCGCUGGAUCCUUCUUCGGACGAGGAGAGCAGCGAUGGCGAAGGCCGGCGUGAGAAGAAGGCGAAGGACGGACGACAGAAGGCCAAAGCGAACCUACGGAAGCGUCGGCUGCGGCUUGGCGCCUAUGUUGGAGAGUUCCGUCGCAACAUCGCAACGGCAUAUGAUUCACUGGAUGCAACGGCAACAAAAGAAGAGCGCCGACGGCAGACAACCGCGCGGCAGAAGGAACUUGACGAGACGAGGCUGAAGGAGGAGAAGGCGGAGGAGGAAGAGAGGCAGCGGAGAUGGCAGGCCAUGUGUCAAUCCACGCAGCGGAUGAGACACGCCCCGAACCCCCUCAGCGAGAAGUGGAGGAAGACGGAGGCGUUCGACGCGGGAACCGCCGCCUAUCGACUGGCGUCUCAGAAGGCCGCCUCGCAAACCGUUGCACGUCACAACGGAAGCAGCCAGCCUACCGCGCGACCACUAACACGCGUCGACCGGGAACCCCCAAGACCUGCCAGCGGUCGCUGGCCCCCAUGGCGGGAGGAGGACAGCCUGUGGGUGCUCACGCAACUCCGGUCCCGCGAGCGCAGGCCCGACUUGAGAGUGUGGGCGGAUGUGCUUGAACGUGAUGUGGAGGACGUCUGGCAGGAAGUCGAGGUGUUGAAGCAGUCCUGGAGAUCGCUUGCGCGGGAGAGGGGUGUCGAGGUCGAACCCUGGGCACGUGCAUAG